AUGAACCAGACUUAUUCUUUGAGAGAAACAAGAGCUCCAACUCAAUCGCAGCUUCAAACCCCAGCCCCAGGACCGUCUUCCACAAAAACUGGGAACAAGUUUUUUGGUAAAGGCUCCCUUUCUGGUUCCAUCAGAAAAACCGCUGCUGGUAAUUUUGGUCCGCAAUUGGCUAGGAAGUUGGGUCAGUUUAUCAAAAUUGAAAAGAAUGUUAUGAGAGCUUUAGAGAUGGCUGCUAGAGAGCGGAGGGAAGUUGCAAAGCAAUUGUCAGUGUGGGGUGCCGACAAUGAUGAUGACAUCUCUGAUAUUACUGACAAGUUGGGGGUUUUGACUUAUGAGAUUGCAGAAUUGGAAGACCAAUUUAUUGACAAGUAUGACCAGUACAGACUUACCUUGAAGCAAAUCAGAAAUAUUGAAGCCUCAGCCCAACCGACAAGAGACCGUAAGCAGAAGAUCACCGAUGAGAUUGCCCAUUUGAAGUACAAAGAUCCAGCAUCUCCAAAACUAGAAGUAUUGGAGCAAGAGUUGGUUCGUGCGGAAGCAGAGUCCUUGGUUGCUGAGGCUCAGUUGUCCAAUAUCACCAGGGAGAAAUUGAAGGUUGCCUUUCACUACCAAUUUGAUGCCAUGAUUGAAUUUUCCGAAAAGUUGGCGUUGAUUGCAACUUAUGGCAAAGCCUUAUUGGAAUUGUUGGAUGACAGUGCAGUCACUCCAGGUGAAGUGAGACCAUCAUAUGAUGGGUACGGGACUUCCAAACAAAUCCUUAUUGAUGCUGAGAGUGCUUUGCGUAACUGGACCCUUGACACUGGUGUCGUUAAACCUUCAUUACUGCAGCACAAAAAUGCCGCCGAUGUCUACGAAGAGGCAGAGCUGCUUGGAACUGUCGAAGAAGAAGAGCCAGCAGCAGCUAACAAGGUGAAGUGA